AUGCUCCAUCUGGAGCUGCUUCGCCAUCUGAUCAACAAAGAUCUAGCGCUCUUUGGUUAUGAGAAAUCCAAGUUCGGAAUUCUUAGUCCGGAAAUCAUGGACAGAUUGUUCAGUGCACCCUAUUUGAUGAACCAAAUUCUUGGGUUUACCGCACUGCAUUUAAGCAUCAUUUAUCCGACUAGAAAGCAAGAAUUUCGAGAUCGCGCAAGUCAGCUUCGAGCCCAGGCAUUCACUUUGUUCAGACUGGAGCAGCCAACAAUUGAUGUCGAAAACUGUCUUACAGUCUUUCUUUUUACAUCGAUUCGUGCUUUUCAUGUGUUUUCUGAGAAAAUGACAUUUUGCCGGGAGGAUUUUGGCGAUUUCCUUCAUGACUUCAUCGAAAUAUUCCAUUUGCACCAACUUGUUCGUGAGGUUACCAAUUUUUCGUGGAGGUUUCUUCUCGACUCACCACUUAAAAACCUUUUAGAAUUAGAAGAAAGUGCAUUGAUCCAGGAGGAUUUGACAGUGGAAUGUUCCGAGCUAUUAGCACUGGUUAGCUCUGCAUCAAUCGAUCCGUCUGCUAGGGAAACAUUUCUGGAGGCGAUCAAGUCUCUGCAGGUGGCUAUCAAUGCAAGCCAAAGGAACCACGCAGACCAAUCGACGAUCGGACCGAUUAUUUCAUGGUUGGUUGUUGUGCCCCCCCAGCUAUCUUAA